UUGGUUAAAACAACCAUGGAACAUGAACAACAAAAACUUUGUGAAAGAGUGGGUGAAGGUGCACAAAGUGUAGAAGACUCUUUGAAACAUGACGUGGUUCCUUGCGAAGAGGAAGAGGCAACUGAAGGUAAAGAACUAAAUGACAAUAACAUCUAUGAAAUGGUCCACUUUAAAAGAACACCUUCCAACGAACAAACUGAUGAAAUAGUCACAGUCACAAUGGGUACUUCAUCCGGAGAGGAAGGAUUAAAACUGGUGGAUUGUACUGAAGCUGGUGGCAACAAAAAGGGAAGUACAACUUCCUUAGUACAAGUUAACAAGACAGAGUGUGGGGACGAAGCUCAAACAGUACCGUCUGGUGAAGACAUCUUCAUUGGGACUUCUUCAUUGGGAUCAAACAGUUCCAGUCAAGCAAGUGUAGCUGAAAAUAAACAAGUGAGAGAUGCAGAUGAUCAUGUUUAUGAAGAGAUAAACUGUUCAUCAAACGACUGUAGCCAAAUAAGUUUGAAAAGUCAGACUUAUGAAUUGCCUAGACUAAAAUCAACAAAAUCCUGCGACGAAAUCAUGUCGGUGGACAAAGUUGGGAGCUUGGAGGACAUUCCCGAAUACAAAACUAACCCUCCUCGUACCUUCUUGUUUAGCAAAAGCAGCCACACGGGGUCUUUGACCAGAUUCCACAAGAAGAACAAAAAUCUGAGCAUGGACAAUCUGGCCGACGUAAAGAAGAAACACCUGAGCAUGUCAAUUUUGGAUGAAUUCACUGAGCCAGAAUGCCAGGAGAAGGCCAAGCCUCGUUCCAAGUUCUCCUGGUUCAGAAGCAAGAUUAAGGCCACCAGCAUGGACAAUCUUCUGAGUAUUGAUGAGACAAGCGGUGCACUAGGAAGCUUCGGGUUUGGCACCUUGAACAAGAGCAAGAGCAGGUCCACCUUCUACAUAGAUGACGACGAUGGUGACGGUGACGAUGUGGAAGAAACCACCGGGCCAGCCCUGAUUCAAAAUACUCAUGACGUAGGUGGCAGUGUACAAGUAAGAGAUCUUCCCUUCCCAACCGACGAGUCAGAUUUUCAGUUUAGGAAUGUAAGACGUUAUCCAAGGCCGCAGACAGAAAAUUUAAGUGCCCUGAGGCAUGAUAAUAAAGUCUUCAGAAUAAGGGACAAUGAUUCCUACAGCUUUAAGGAUAAUUCACUUACAAUCAUCUAUGCUGGACUGGAAGAAACAAUCAAUAAUAUAAAACAAACAAAACUGGAUAAAAAAGAUGUGGUGAUAUAUACAGAUGAUAGAGUGUAUACGUGCAGCUUCGAUUCAGACGUCAAGGCCAAAAAGUUAUACAAAAUUGUAAGCAAUAACGCCGACAACAGUUUCCUAACGAAAUUUUUCAAAAGGAGGGUCAGCAAGGAUGUACUGGAGACCAAAGGUAUCAUAAUGAACGAAGCAGUCUACGGUAACUCCCUGGAAAUCCUGUAUCAGCAAAGAAAAGACAUCCCCAGGUGCAUCUACGAGAUGAUCAAACUGGUGGAGCAGCCCGAGAACAUCAAGUGCCCGGGGCUAUACAGGACGCCGGGGAAUCUGGCGGUCAUCCAAAAAAUCCGACUGGAACUGGACAACAACAAGCUGAACAUCUUGAACAACUACGAGAAGGACGUGGACGUGCUGACUGGCGCUCUAAAGCUGUUUUUCAGGGAACUCAAGUCGCCUUUAAUCUGCCAGGAAACGGUGGAAAAAAUUUUGCCCCUGGCCAGGGCGGAAGACAUCUAUAAGGACACCCUGAGGCCCAUCCUGACCAACCUGCCCGACGCCCAUCAACAGGCUUUGUUCGUGCUCAUCACUCACAUGCUCAAAAUACUGGAGUGCAAGGAGGAGAACAAGAUGGACGUGUACAAUUUGGCGGUGUGCUGGGGCCAAAGCCUUAUAUUCUACACGGACACCAAGGACCUGUUGACCCAGUCCGCGGACGCCGUGACGGUGGUGGAGUUCAUACUGAAGUACUACCAGAAGCACCCGGACGCCUUGAAGUACUUGCAGAAGGUCGAGGAGAGCGACCUGGAGCGGCACGACUCCAAAAGCAGCAUAACGAGCAUCGACAAGAAGAAAAACGGCAAAAUAGAUGUGUACAAGCUCCUGCAACCGUUGGUGGACAAAAUCGAGAGGCACCUACCGGUGGACGGCCUGUACAAGAAGAACGGCUCCAACGUCAAGAUCGAGAAGCUCAUGAAAAAAUUAAAGAAGGGCAAGCCCGACAAGCUGAACCUGGAGAAGGAGACCGAGAUUUACGUGAUAGCGGACGCGCUGAAGAAGUACCUGAAAGAGCUGAACAUCUUGACCAAAGACACCUGCAACGAUUUCCUCAGAAUGCACGGGAGUGACCAGGAGAAGGCGGAACAAAUCCUGCACCGGGUGGAAUACUGCGACACCCUGAAAAUGUUCCUGCAGCAUAUGGCGAAUGUGUCCAAGCUGAUGAACGACGAGUCGGGUAGGGAAACGAUUCGAAAUUGUCUGGUCCACACGCUCUGCGAGGAAGGCUCGUCGUUGAGCGACGAGGAGAGGAAGAGCAUGAUCAGGUGCCUGCUCAGCUUGUACCUUCCACCUUCACCCAAACUUAUGCAGCAGCCCGACCUCAUCAAAGGCAUAGAAAGCAAUAGUACCUACAAUAAAAAAAGACAACAAAGUACCUACGACAACUUACAUUCAACUGACUUAUAAUUCUAGUUGUUUUUGUUGUGGAAUAGAUCUACCAAAGAGGCACGAGUUGCCGUUUUGUUCAGAAUGUUGGGUGAACAAUUUAUUUAUGUGGACUAGUCAAGGCGUUAAUCAAGGAUUUUAUGGCAAAUUUUUAUGGUACCAAAUAUAAUUGUGUGUGUUACAAGUUUGUACAUAGCUCGAAAAGCUAAAAAGUCAUAUUUAGUACUGUGAUAACGUUGCCUUUUUUUAGUACUACACUUUUUAUACAAAUAAGUGCACAAUUCUCUAUUAAACUUUUAUUUAACAAAUUUGUAUAAUGUGGUUUGAGUUAUAAUUUAUUGUACAUUACUACUUUUUAUACUAUUUGAUAAGUUGAAGUAACAGUAUUUUAAUUAAACUGUAAUUUAUAUAUUUGUAACUCUAAACGAGUAAUAAAGUAUAAUAAAUA